AUCAAGUACGGAGUACUCCGUACUCCCUACCCCAACCAACUUGCAAAAUCUUACCUGCUCGCACACCGAUGGUCUUCCGUCUUGCUGCUUCACUACUACUGUACUAGCGGUAGAAAUGUCUUCGCUUUCUUCGAGUAAGGUCAGAUUGUGCCCGUCCCCUUAUGCACAUAGCACGUAUGCAAAGCACUAUGGACAGGACUUGUGGCUGAGGACCGCUUACUGCGCCACCUCUCCAUUCCCGGCCUUGGCGGUCCGGAAAAUCCAUCAUUAAUUUUUCGGUCUGGAUCUGGAUGCUUCGCAUGGAGCUUAUGCAACCAUCUCGAUAUUUUUGUGAAAUCACCUUCUUCCCCAAUUGCCCUUGAUCCUUGUCAUGGAGGUGCGCUUGUGACCCGGUCGAAUCCUCUCUAUAUGUCUUAGUCGUUCUCUGCACAUUUACUGUCUUCGAAUACCUUUUGGCAAAUGACGACCCAAGCGUCCGAUACGAAGCGCCUCCAUAUCACCCCAUUCUCUCCCGACCUACUUCCGUCCGUGCUACCAGCAUCUGUUCAAGCCCUUGCUACGGAAAUUUCCUUCCAUUGCAUCCCAACCUUUCCGGAAAAUAACUACGGCUACGUGACCUUACCAACAAUGGAGGCCGACAAAAUCAGAAAGAAGCUCAACGGCUCGAUCCUGAAGGGUAAAAAGUUCAAGGUGGAUACCGCGCGACCUAAGAAAAGAUCUAGGGAUGAAGAGGAUGUUGGUAAUGUUACCGCUAAGUCAUCCUCCGACAAGAAGCCCAAGAAAUCCAAGAAGCAACAUGCAGAUGGGGAAAUUCUGGAUGGGUAUGAGCUCUCAUCAGAUCGUCGAGUAAAGAGGGGCUGGACGGAGUCAGCAGAUGCUAAGCAGGAGAGGCGCAAGGAAGAGAAGAAGAAGAAGAAUGGUAAGGACGAAAAGACAGCCAAAUCCCAGGCAAAGUCCAAGUACACCGAGAAAGCAGAGUGUCUAUUCCGAACCAAGCUACCUCCGAAUAAAGUCUCCGCCGACGAGAAAUCCGAGACACAGUCCAAGAAGAAAAAGAAAUCCGCGCAGGAGACGGUUGUCCAUGAGUUUUCGAAAACACUCACUCAUCCGAGUUUCUUACGCUCUGGGGAAGAUGGGUCAGCACCUACAGUUUCAUUCGAAGAAGGAAAGGGCUGGGUAGAUGGGUCCGGAAAUGUGAAGGAGAAUGCGAGCGAUCGCAUAAGGAAGGCCCAAUACAGGCCGGGACAAGUUGCUGGAGCUAAGGAGAAGCGAAAAGCCGUCAAAUCCGUCAAAGACGAAAUGUCGGAACUCCAGACUGUCACAGGCAAAGAAAAGAAAGUCGUCAAGGAAGCAGAGUCUGCAGACGAAUCGGAGGAUUGGACCUCGUCAAGUGGAGCAACAUCGUCGGAAGAAGACUCCACGGACUCUGAAAGCGACCAAGACGAAUCCUUGAUUUCGUCAGAUGAGUCAGAUGAGUCAUCUAAUAGCGAUGAGGGUAUGUCAGUACAAUCAGAACAGGGUGGGCAAGAUGAGACGGACUCCGAAACAAAGACCACUGUGGAUCAGAAUAACUCGGCGGCAGAGAACGAUGCAAAAACGUCCUCUCAAGGCGUCCACCCGUUGGCAGCACUUUUCAAGAGACCUCCAGCGGGCACUUCCGACGUGAAGCCUGACACAGAGGGUAAUGCGCAAUUCAGUUUCUUUGCACAAGAUGAUAUAGAGUCAGAGGACGAGGUUGAAGACAAACCGACCGAACCGCAUACACCAUUUACCAAGAGGGAUCUGCAAGACCGUGGAUUGAGAAGCGCCGCGCCAACCCCCGACACGGCUCUAGUUGGUCGGGCCAUCAACUGGAAAACAUUGGGACGGGCCGAUCCUAUGGAUGUAGAUGGUGAAAUGCACCUAAACACUCCGGUACCGAAAGCCGCAGCAGGACCGAAGGAAGACUCAGAGUUCACCAAGUGGUUCUGGGAGAACCGGGGCGACAACAACCGCGCCUGGAAGAGGAGGCGCCGCGAGGCCGCUAAGGAACAAAGGCAGAGAGAGAACCGCAGUAAAGGAAUGAAGGGAAAAUCCUAGGGUUGCUGCCUGCGGCACGCUUGUCGCAAAGGAUUCUGACGUUGCAUAACUGGCGUACCUGACUGGCAAGCAUCAUGCCCAAUCUAGCCACACCGUCUUCUUUACUAGAUAUAUAGACUGCAUCCAUCUGGAGCGUUUAUGUUGCAAUAAAUCACAU